GAUAUAGGCAUGGACCACCAAGCUCUUCUAAAGCAAUUUGAUCACCUGAAUCACCUGAAUCCUGACAAGUUUGAAUCCACAGAUUUAGAUAUGUUAAUCAAAGCGGCAACAAGUGAUCUGGAACACUAUGACAAGACUCGACAUGAAGAGUUUAAAAGAUAUGAAAUGAUGAAGGAACACGAAAGGAGAGAAUAUUUAAAAACACUGAAUGAAGAAAAGAGAAGAGAAGAAGAAUCUAAAUUUGAAGAAAUGAAGAAAAAGCAUGAAAAUCACCCCAAAGUUAAUCAUCCAGGAAGCAAAGAUCAACUCAAAGAGGUAUGGGAAGAGACUGAUGGAUUGGAUCCUAAUGACUUUGACCCCAAGACAUUUUUCAUAUUACAUGAUGUCAAUAAUGAUGGAUUCCUGGAUGAACAAGAAUUAGAAGCCCUAUUUACUAAAGAGUUGGAGAAAGUAUAUGACCCCAAAAAUGAGGAGGAUGAUAUGGUAGAAAUGGAGGAAGAAAGGCUUAGAAUGAGGGAACAUGUAAUGAAUGAGGUUGAUACUAACAAAGACCGAUUGGUAACUCUGGAGGAGUUUUUGAAAGCUACAGAAAAAAAAGAAUUCUUGGAGCCAGAUAGCUGGGAGACAUUGGAUCAGCAACAGUUCUUCACAGAGGAAGAACUAAGAGAAUAUGAAAAUAUUAUCACUUUACAAGAAAAUGAACUUAAGAAGAAGGCAGAUGAGCUUCAGAAACAGAAAGAAGAGCUACAACGUCAGCAUGACCAACUUGAGGCUCAGAAGCUGGAGUAUCAUCAGAUGGAACAAAAAAAAUUACAACAAGGAAUUUCUCCAUCAGGGCCAACAGGAGAGUUGAAGUUUGAGCCACACAUUUAAAGCCUGAAGUUCACCAGAACUUGGAAGAAAACUGUUAACAUCUAUUUCAUCUUUUUACCUCUCUUUCUUUUUCUCUGCUCAAUAAAUAUUUUAAAGCAUAUUUGGAAUAAAGGUAGAUACCUUUAAAAUGA